GUUUCCAGUGAGCAGCGCUACUGUGCGAGAGUGCGCUUUUUGGGGAAAGGGAGUGAGUAUACCAAGAAGAAAACUUGUACCCUUUACUGGUUUCCCCUCUCCCCUUCCGGUUUCCAGUGAGUGAGAAUGGGGCACCACUCCUCAGACAGCGAGGACGACAGCCGCAGCAGCCGGAGGAAGAAGAAACACAGGCGGCGCUCCUCUUCCUCCAGCUCGUCAGGGAGCCGCGUGACCAGCCGCAGCAAGAGGUCCGGCCGCCGGUCGCGCUCAUGGUCCAGAGACAGAGACCGGAGACGCAGACGGCGCUCCAGCAGCAGCUCCUCCUAUGAGUCCUCCCGGAAGAAGAGGAGCAGGAGCCCAGAGCGGGGCAAGUCCCACCGGUCCCGCAGGUCCCGAUCCCGCAGCCGAAACAGGAGGUCUCGUUCCCGCCAUCGGCGCUCACGCAGCCGCAGCAGCGGCAGGUCCAGCCGCAAGCGCAGUCGCAGCCACAGCAAGACGCGGGAGCGCAGCCGACGCAAGGCGAGGGACAAGGACAAGGGCCGGGACAGAGAGCGGGACAAAGACCGGGACAGGGACAAGGACAAGGCCAAGGAGAAGGAGACACGGGCUGACAAACCAGGGGACGGCGGAAACAUCAAAGCAGGAUUAGAACAUCUGACCCCUGCUGAACAAGCCAAGGCCCGACUCCAGAUGGUACUUCAGGCAGCAGCCAAAACAGACGAAGUGCUGAAAGCCAAGGAGAAGAAAGAAGAGGAGGCUCGGAAAAGGAAAGAGGAAGAAGAGGCCUCGCUGGAGGAGCAAGUGCGCAGGAUAAAGGACAUCGAGGCCAUCGAGAGCGAGUCUUUUGUUGCCCAGGCUUUCAAAUCAACCAGAGAUGGCAAAAAGACGUCUGAACCAGCAGAAAUCAAGCAAGACCCGGAUUCAGAGGACCUGCCCCUUGACAAACAAGAAAUCGCCUCUCUUCCAACAGCUAUUCGCUAUCAUGACACUGAUACUCUGGCCCACCCCAGUUUGUUUAUGGACAAGGAAGAGGCCGAGGAGCUCUGGCUGAACAGAUUGAUCUCCCUUCGCCAGGAGAGGCUCAUGGGAAGUCCAGUGCCAUGAUUGACAUAAUAUCCCCGGAGGCCUGACAGAAUGGCUUUUGUAUUGGACAGUAUUACCAUCACAUAAAACAAAAGGAUCGAAUAGGAGUCUCCUGCUGAAGUGUUCGUAUUGAAGG